CCUGUGGUGCAGAGGGACCCUCACCCCACACAUAGAACAACACCCACCCCAUAUACAGAAGGACUCCCACCCCACUCAGAGAGGGGCUCCCGCUGAGGACAGCUCUGUGCCGCAGGGACAUAUGGGAGCUGUGGGAGUUGGCGCUGUCCUCGGUGGAUGCGGUGCCAAAGAUGGUGCAGGCGCUGCUGCGUCAGCUGGAGACCGUGCCGCUGGGCCAGAAGACCGAGGUCGGCGUCCUUCACACGGCCGCGGCCACGGCACUGCAUAAGCUCCUGCAGUACCUGGAGUACGGCCCACAGGUGCGACUGGUUUUCCCGGAGCUCUUUGUGGUGCUCAUCAUCCAGCUGGUGUCCGCCGGGCCGCUAGCUCCGCUGGAGAUCACCGCCAUCACAGAGGACCCAUUCCGCCCAUCUGCGCCCACCUCUGCCAUCAGGAUGGUGGUGGAGACGGCCCACAGUUUGCUACUGUGCGCUGAGAUGGACAACCUGGCGUUCUCCAUGGACACCCACAACCUGUGGGCGCGGCUGCAGGGCGCUGCCACGUGGCAAAACGGCCUACACUCCCUUGCCAAGGUGAUGCUGAAGAACUGCCGGGAUCAGUGCAGACCCAUCUUCAGACACCUGCAGAAUCUGCUGCAGUACCACCAGCUGCAGUGGAGGGAGGUCCCCGCCAUGGCGUUCUACUUUGAGCUGUGGAGCUGCCAGGGGCACCACGAGGAUGACACCUGCCCGCAGAAGAUCUUCAGGAAAUACAUCCGCAGCAAACAGCCCAAGAGCAGAGAGCUGGCGCUGCGCGGGCUGAGGAACCUUUAUGCUGGGAGGAUGCAGCUGCUGCUACCCGACGCGCUGCUGUGGCUGCAGGACAUGCGGGCUGACAUCAAACUGCAGGCCAUACAUCUGCUGCAGGACAUUGACAACGCAGAGGUGCGCUGGCGCUCCAUGGAGCUCUUUGCGCUGCUGCUGGAGGCACCAGGCAGGAAGCGGCUGCUGCUGCAGGCGGAGAGGAGUCUGCUGCCACUCUUCAUCCACAUGAAUGAGGACAUCCCCAACGUGGCGCAGGCUGCUCAGAAAGCUCUGAUCCACGCCGCCAAGCUCCUGGGCUGGCAGCAACUGCAACGCUUGGCCAGCGCGGCGGAGGUCUGGAUGAUUGCUGACUGUCUGCUUCAGAAGAGGGGCAGAGAUGCGGAGCAGUACCUGAAGGACACCAGUGCUGCACCUGCACAGCCCCCAGGUGCCCGUGAGGGACACAGCCGUGCGCUUCCUCGGUGA